GAAGGCAGCAAAAGUUCGAAAAGUAUGGCGGCGGAGUGUUUGACAACCAUAACAGAGCAAUGGAUACGGGAGAGAUUACAAUUAAAACAUCCCUGUCUCGGUGAUGUCCGCUCACUGAGCCUCCCGGGGACGUAUGAGGAGAAGAUUAAACAUCUGGGAAAUGCACUUAAUAACUUUGUCCGUCUGAAGUCUCUGGAUCUCUCCUGCAAUGCGCUUGUCUCCGUUGAAGGGGUUCAACAUUUGCAAAAGCUGGAGAGGCUGAUCCUGUACUAUAACUGCAUACCCUCCCUUGAAGAGCUAAAAGUGCUGUAUGAGUUGCCAGCUUUGAGAGAGCUGGAUCUCAGGCUCAACCCUCUGACCAAAAGUUACCCACAAUACCGCCUUUGUCUGGUGCAUGCCAUGCCUAACCUACGCAAGUUAGAUGGCUGUCCAGUCAGAGACACCGAGCGCAAAGCUGCCAUAAUGCAGUUCUCCUCUGACCUUCUACCUAAGCAGAAGAGCGCAUCUUUGAAUCAGGUUGCUGACAAAAGAAGCAGCGCUCAGAGACUGACUUUAGUGGACCGCCUAACCAGGAGGCUCUCUCUUCGGACUGACACUGAUGACAUUGUGUUGAAUUUUGUUGCCACAAGUCAUGGAGGCCAAAGUGAGUCAAAGUCGGAGUCAGUUCACAAGGAGGCAGAAGAGCCCAAAGAGGACAAAUCAAAAGAUUUUUCAGAACAGAGGAGUUCUACUCCAAAACAGGAAACAGCUAAGUCCAUCCUCAGGUAUCCUCCCACAAAUUAUGUGCCACACAUGAGAGAACCAUCUCAUAAAAGAAGCUCUACCUCAUUUAAAGUUACUGAAAGACCAAAGGUGUCCUUUGGCCCCUAUGUAGAGAAACACAGAUCUGUGCCUGGAAAACAAAAGCAAAAGGAGUUCCCCAAACAAACCAGACAUGCAGCCAGAGGACAUUAUACCCCCCAUCCUGAUCAAAGUCAUAGCCAUAGUUAUUCAUUAGUUAAUAUCCGGCCUCCCAGUCCACGUCGUCCUGGUUUGAAUUUGUCCGACCCCUCCAACCCCAUCCUACAUCCUCCCAGGCUGACCUACUCUAGCUUCAACAAGACAGAAGGGGGCUCCAGCCUGCCGCUGCAAGGGGAAAAGAGAAAAAGGGGUAGUUAUAGGAAACCCCUGGAGAUGCUCCUCAACCUCGUGGACAAACACUGGACUGGGGAGAGAUCACUGCAUCAUAACAACAACUUCCUGUCUCAGGCGGUCCAGAUCCUGUCUAUGAUGGAAAACGAUAUUUCCAGUCGGGAGGCUGAGGUCAGGACCUUAAGACAGGAGGCUGAUGCACUGAACUUUGAAACGGCUGUACGAGAGGAAGCACACAAAACUGAAGUCCGUAACCUCUCUGCUCAGCUGGAGGAAGCUUGCAGUGCAGUUGGAAAACUGAACAAGCAGCUGAGGACUGUCUUGGAGGAAAAUGUUGCUCUACAGAGACAGCUCAUCAAGUUAGAACGUCAGUAUCUCAAGUCUAUGAUGAAAAGUUCACCCAUUACUCAGAUUAAAGAAGCUCAGACAGAAGUGGAGGAGCUGAGAAAAGAGAUCGAGGGGUUGAGGGAGAAAGUCAAGGAGGCUGAGAAAGUCAAGGAUUUGUCAAAUAUGCUUCAAGAAAGCCACAGGUCCCUGGUGGCUACCAACGAGUGUUUGCUCGCUGAGCUGAAGGGAAGUGGGGAAUUUUAAAGAGGAAUUUGAAUGAGAAGAUACACACUGGGAUGAAAAUAUCAAAGCAAGGCUGUGCUGAGUGUCAUAUUAGCAUUGCAGUCGCCACACAAGGCCCAGCAGCUACAGACUGUUUUGAACCGUUUUUACUUUGCAUCACUGCAGUGUACAUUUAAUUUUUGUGUAUAUUCAGUUCCUACCCCUUUUGAAAAAUGUGUUUAUUAUUUAAAAUAAAUCUGUAUAGGCUGCGUUUGCUGGAUGUAAACAGUGGCGGGGAAAGGCA